AACUCGAUGUCACGCUGCUGCUGAAGUAGUCAUGCCUGAGAGAUAUGAAUAUGAAUGCGACUAUGAGGGAUGCGAUAAACGUUUCAAACGGAGAGACAGACUCGUAAUACAUGCAAGAACUCAUACAGGAGAGAGACCCUUUGUUUGCCAUCAUGAAGGCUGUGGCAAAAGUUACUGCCGAACAUCACAUCUUAUCCGGCACAAGCAGAACUCCCACAAAGAGAAGAAAGAAGAGGACAAGGUGUUUUUUCCAUGUUUGGAGAAAGACUGCUCAAAACUGUUUGCCAGCAUUGACAGUCGAAAGAAACAUUGUCAAAGAAAGCACAGCAUUGAGACAGCUCAUGUUUAUCAGUGUGAAGUGGAAGGUUGUGGUGAGACAUUUCUAAAACAUCACCUAUUGCGAUCUCACAGUUAUAUUCAUACUCAUCUUGAUCCAUAUACCUGUUCACACCCAGGCUGCAGACAAACUUUCAAAUGGCCUAAUUUACUGCGCCGCCACCAAAAGAUUCACCAGGGCUACAAGUGUGAUGUUAAGGACUGCGAGCAGGUUUUUGACAAAUGGACUCAUUUACGUCAACACAAAAGCAGGGAGCAUACACAAGAAUACAUAUGCAGCACUUGUGGCAAGCAUUUUCCAAAGAGACAUUUGAUGUCCUACCAUAUGCAGACACAUAGUGACAAUCAUCAAAAACUUACGCAGCACUCACUGUUACAUGAUCCCAACAGGCCACCGUGUUCCCCAAAACUGAGAACUUCAAAGCAGAGCGGACCCAGAAAACCAAGAAAGAAGAAGAGUGUAGCAUCCAUUCUUACAAACCUUAAUGACAAGGACAUAGUGGCCUAUUCUCUUGACCCCAUAGAUUUGGAGGAAAAAUCUGAAUGUGAGAUAAAGAUAUCUGAAUGCAAUAUUGCAGAGUCGCAUGGAGUUACUGUGAUGAAAUCAUCUGUUAAUGAAUAUGAAACAAUGACAACAGCUGAAUUUUUAGAGAAGGAACUCACAUUGCUAAAAAAUGUUCACUUUCCUAGAAUUACUGAGAAGUGCAAGAAUGUAAAAGAAACCACGGCGGAGACAAAGUCAAAGAUAAUUCAGUCUGAAUGCUCCAGUUUUGUACUUGAAGAACUCAAAUGUUCAGGCCCACACAUCUAG